UGGAAGUUUCCUAUUUGGGCAACUAACCAAUUCUUCUUGUUGAUUCUUAUGCCUUCUCCACCACUUUAACGGUGGAACUUUCCUAUUUGGACUAGUGGUGAUUAUUAUUAUAUCAUCGUCACAAGCCACAACAAUAACAAACAAUCACAUCACUUAAAGGCUCAUCAAAUCAAUAUUUUGUUUUGUCUUUUCCUAGUGGAACACACAGAAAACACUUGUAAGAAAUUCCCAUACUCCUAAACUUUACUUCUAAUUUCUAUAAAAGGACGUACGACAUAUUGCAAGAAACAAAACAAAAACAAAAAGAAAUGAAAAUUCAGACAAGGCCUGUCCUGGUGGUGGUGGUGGUGGUAAUAAUGGUGUUUAUGAGCUCUUUUAAUGUUGAGGGAGGCGGGAGAGGGAUACACAGCCAAAAUCAGAGACUUCAACAUGUUCAAAAGGGUACAACCGUCAUUCCAUCAGCAAGAGGAGUAGACAACCAUCAUAACAUUCCAAGACAAAACUAUGAUAACUGGGGUGGCAAAGGAGGAGACGGUGGUGGCGACGAUGGAACCGGUUAGAAACACACAAGACAAGACAUGACUGAGACAAGGAAGCGCCUAAGAUAUGUAUGUCAGUAUGUUUGUAUAUGUAAAGAGUCUGGUGUAGUUUCUGGCAAUUAUUGUGUGCUUUAUGUGAUGUCUCCUAAGUAUAUAUGUGUUACUUUAUAAGAGUGUUUAUAUAUGUUAUAUGAUGUAUGAAUGGCAUUAAAACUCACAUGAAAUGAAACUAUAAACAGGUUGUAGAAAAA